AUUUGGCAGGCAUCUCUUAAUGGUAGAUUCUGUUAGAAUGUUCUGAAUUUUUUUUGUUUUAAAUUUCACAAACUGCACAAAUUCAAAUUAGAGAGGGUUCUUUUCAUACCCUGAAAACCAGGGAGGCUGCAGGCACCAGCUAAAUGGAAGAUGUUGAGAGCCUUCAAAGAACUUUGGCACUUUGCUGUUGGGAGGUGGGGUCAUGAUGCUCCAGCUGUCCAUGUCUUUACUGUCAGAGAGCAUUAACACCCACAGUGUGUCUGGGUAACAAGUCAGAGUCGGUUGUUGCUAAACAGUAACUGAGCAGAGACUUCACAAGGAAAGGGAUAGGAAAAUGCAGCAGUUUGUGGCUUUGCUACCUUUGUUUUUAUGUUUGCAGAAGACUCCUGAAGUUGGUGCUUAUGCUUCUCUUUCUGCCUGUGGACAUUGCAAUGAAGAAUUUUGUGACUCCGUCACUUGUGCUGCCCCAGAGUUACUCACCAAGGAUGACUGUGGGUGCUGUGACAGAUGUCUUAGUGUGGAAGGAGAAGUGUGUGGGGGACGGGAUGAAAGAAGGGCUCGCUGUGCACCUGGUAUGGUAUGUGUAAGCAGACCCAGCUUUGGCACAGGGGCAUCUUCAUUCUCUGAUGGUACAGGAUUCUGCUUGUGUGAAGAGGAUGGUGCAGUGUGUGGCUCUGAUGGGAAGACCUACUCCAGUGCAUGUGUUCUGCGUUUGCAAAGCUGGAAGUCCCAACAUGAAGGCAAGGGUUCCAUCCACAAGACCCAUGAUGGGGAAUGCAAGUUUGCUCCUUUGAUCAUUGUUUCACCAAGGAAGAUUCACAAUGUCACUGGAUCCCAAGUUUACUUAUCAUGUGAAGUUAAAGCAGUUCCAACCCCCAUCAUCACAUGGAGAAAGGUCACAGAGUCUCCAAAAGGAACAAAACUCUUUGAAGAGUUGCCAGGGGAUAGAGUAAAUGUUGCAGUCCAAGUCCGUGGUGGUCCCUCUCGCCAUGAAUGCACUGGCUGGGUUAUGCUCAGUCCACUGACGAAGGAAGAUGAAGGUACAUACCAAUGUCAUGCAACCAAUAUGGUCGGAGAAACCUGGGCUGAUGGAACUAUAAAAGUCACAGGGCAUAAUGCGCGUAGGAUCAAGAGACGAAACCAUGGUGGUUCUACAAGUAAGGUGUAAUGAGGUCCAGAGAAAGAAACCCUGGUGGAUCUCCUGCUUUUUUAAUGCUGUAUAAGAAGACUUACAAAAUAGUUUUAUACCGUUAUGAUGUUUUUUGUACAAACAGAUGUAAAAUGACAAAAUCAUUGACUUCAGAAGCUCCAGAUCUAACAUUGUAGGUUUACUUUAAAGGAGUACUUCAUCUUUCAAUUCAAUUUUAGUAUGAUGUAGACACUGACAUUUGCAAUUGGUAAUCUUUUUGUGGUUAUUAAAUCUUUAGCUUUUUGUUUAGUAACUCUCCAAUUUGGAAUUUCAGCAGCUAUAUGGUUGCUAUGGUCAACUUUACCUUAGCAGCCAGGCAGUGGUUUGCAGAAGGACUGAAAUGUGAAUAAUAUAAGCAAUAAAAAAUUACAAUAACAUUGUAGAGCAAUAGGUUUUUGUCUAACAAGGUUUCUGCUUCCAUUUGGAAACUGGAAAGAAGCAGAAAAAGUAGGCCAAUAAUUCAAAAACUAUAAAAAUGAAGACCAAUUGAAAAGACCAGUAACAAUGAAAGUGCAGAUAUUAUAUACAUUUAAGGGUGACUAAUCUCCCCAAAAAGCCUUCCCGUCGGCUAGAAUGUAAAUUGCCAGUGGGAUGGCACUCUGAGCGCUUCGUUUUCCAAAGUCGCCCGAAGUUUACUCAUAUGGCAACUUGGUAACGUCGGAAAACAAUGCGUUCCGAGUGCCAUCCCGUCUGUGAUUUAGAUUCUAACUGGCGGGAAGGCUUUUUGGGGAGAUUAGUCACCCGAAGAAGAGGCGAUUUGUUGCCGGGCGACUAAAUCUCCCCAAAUCUUCACUUGUGUCUCCUAAAUGUUCUACCUGUCCAUCCAGGAACUACAAAUAAACAGCUGAUUGGCCCAAAAUGUCCUAUUUUAUAUUAGAGAGACUUUCAAUCUAUAGUCGAGAUCCCUCAACUGUCUCCUAUUUAUCUUCCAGUGUAAGAACUAAACCCAUUGGGGGUCAUUUAUCAACGCUGGGCAAAUUUGCCCAUGGGCAGUAACCCGUGGCAACCAAUCAAAUUGCUGCAUUCAUUGUUCUACUUGCUGCUGGCUUCAAAAAGCUUAUCACUGAUUGGUUGCUAUAGGUAACUGCCCAUGGGCAAAUUUGCCCAGUGUUGAUAAAUGAGCCCCAUUGUAUUCUACAGAACUUAUCUGAUAUCAGCUGUUUAAACAUGAAAAUUUUUGUCCUAUUCAGCUUGAAUGGCUGCCCUUAAAUGCAUAUAAAACAAUUUCCUUUUUUGGUGUUACUGUUCCUUCAAGAAUAAACAUUCAAUAACAUAUUAAAAAAAGUACCUUAAGGUGAAUUAUACCUUUAAUGCCACAAAUUAUUUGUCUGAACACCAGUCCUAGUUGGCAUAUUAAAGUAUAUGCUGAACUGAGCUCAUAUCUGGGACAGAUCUUCCUAUGACUGUCAACUAUAUGCCUUGCAAGUAAAAAUCACAUAAAAUCCAGGCUUCACAUUCACUAUGCCAAUUCGAAAUUGAGUGAGUUUUACAUUUCCAAUUUUGCCUUGUAUUUCUACCAGUCCCCCAAAACUAAUUUGGUGUGUAAAAAGAAAUGUAUUUGCUGACUGUUUUUUUUAUAGAAAUAUUGGACCAAUUUUUUAAAGUGCUGCCAAAUGCAGAAUCUAAGGCCUCCUUACCAUUGUUAAACACAUGAAAAACUACUUUAUAGACCAGCACUAUUGUUGUUCAGAAUGCCAGUCUGUUAAUCGAUUGUUGCAGGAUUUGCAAUCUUUGCAUUCAAAAUUUCAAGUACAUACUAUUAGUAAAAUGAAGGGCUUUUAUAAUACCUUUUAUAUUAAUGUUAUUAUUUUAUAUCUGCUUUGUUUUACUGUGAAUGCGCAACUUGAUUUAUAAAAUUGAAUAGGUACAGACAUUUGCUCAGUGUUAUUUCUAUGAAGCAUGCUACAUAGUCAUAUCUGUAAUAGACAUUGAGAUACAGUAUAAGUUAAUAUAACUGUUUUCUUGUCUGUAAAACAUCAGAAAAGGGGAACUGAUUUGUAUAUGAUAAUUAUCUUUGCCAUUAAUAGUAAAAUGUAUGCAUUUUCUUUGCUUUAACUUAGCAUUUCCUUUUAAAUCAUCAUUUUGAAUUAAAUACUUAUCUAAA